GGUUUCCCAGAGUGCACUGCCCGGCUGACCUGGCUGGUGACGCAGACGGCCUCAUUUGCCCCUCUUCCACUUCGGCUGCCCCGUGAACGGCAAGCGACACUUUACUCCGAGUCGUCACUUCACACGCCGAAAAUGGCAGAAAACCAGGACUACAACAACGGUUUUAACCAGGACAUCACUGAUCAAGAGUAUCAGCAGGAUGACCAAAUGAACGGAGGAGGUGAUGCUCCUCAGGACAGCGGUAGCGCGGAGGCCCCUGGCAAGGAUGACGAGAGGAAACUCUUUGUUGGUGGUCUCAGCUGGGAAACCACAGAUAAGGAGCUCAGGGAACACUUCGGAUCUUAUGGAGAGAUUGAAAGCAUCAAUGUCAAGACUGACCCCACCACCGGACGAUCAAGAGGAUUUGCCUUUAUUGUCUUCUCACAGUCAUCAACUAUUGAUAAGGUAUUACAAGCUGGUGAUCACAUAAUCAACAACAAGAAGGUCGACCCCAAGAAAGCCAAAGCCAGGCAUGGAAAGAUCUUUGUUGGCGGUCUUACUUCAGAACUCAGCGAUGACGAGAUCAAAAAUCACUUCGCGCAGUUCGGCACUAUUGUUGAUGUUGAGAUGCCCUUCGACAAAACCAAGAACCAAAGAAAAGGCUUCUGCUUCAUCACAUUUGAAUCAGAACAAGUAGUAAUGGAACUCCUGAAGAACCCUAAACAGUCCAUCAGCGGAAAGGAAGUGGAUGUCAAGAAGGCGACACCCAAACCCAAUGAGAUGGGAGGCAUGCGUGGAGGCCGAGGGGGGCGUGGUGGACGGGGGCGCGGCCGAGGAGGCUACGGAGGCCAAGGCUGGGGAAACCAGGGCUACGGGGGCUAUGGCUAUGGCCAGGGCUAUGAUGGUUACGGCGGUGGCUACGACUAUUACGGUGGUGGUUAUGGUGGUGGAUAUGGAGGCUACGGUGGAUAUGACUACAGCGGCUACAACAAUUAUGGAGGCUACGGAGGAAGUGGUGGCUAUGGAGGCAAAACAGGCAGGGGUCGGUCUGCGACGAGGCAUCAACCAUAUUAAGGGACGAAUCUUCAUCAUCAUUCACUCAUGCAUAAAUCCUUGGGUUCAUCAUCUUCAUUUUCAUUUCAUGUGCGCCAUUGUCAUUCCAUUGAAAGCUGGCUGCCUCCUGGAGAGCCUGGCGAAGAAGUCUAAAUUUUAGGACAAGACAGUGACAGAUAAUGAUGCUGUGUACAAGUGGAAUAACUUAAUUUCUAUUUUGAUUUCUGUGAGAAAAUUUUUUUUAUUAUUAAGUUUUAGUCUGUGUAUUGUAGUACACUCAUAUUCCAUCUUGCCACAUGGCAUAUUAAAUGUACAAUGAAAACAAGUAAGAUGCUUUUAAUAAAUUACUUAUACUGUA